ACAUAAUAUAUCAUUAAAUAGUUUUUUUUUCAAUGUUGUUGUUGUUAUCAAUCAAUUGAUUGAUAUAUCAAUAUUAUCUCAUCAUCAGUGGUAUAGUAGUAGUAGUAGUAGUCGGUUAUCACAUCCAUCACCAACAGUGACAAUGAUGACAAUGAUAUCACUAUAGUGUUGCCACCGUUAUUGAGGUAACGGUAGGUUUGAUUUUGCGGUAUAGACUUUCCCCUCAUAAACAUAAAAACCAAUUGGUUUUAUUGUCUUCAUCGUAGUCAUCAUCAUCAGUGUCACAGCUACUUAACCAGACCUUAUAACCUACCAGUGCUGCUGCUGGUCAUCAAUCAAUCAAUCAUCACAUCAACCGACCGACCAAACCAACCAACCAAACAAACAGCCGCCGGCAGCCACUCAAGCCAUACACCAGUAGAUCCCACCAGUAAAUGGCAAUUAUCGCCAUCAAUACCGCCGUUAGUCGUCGUACAGCUGUUGUCGCCGCCGCCGCCGUUAUUGCCGUCAUCACUGUCACUACCACUGCCGUUACCGCAGCCGCCGUUGUCGGCAGCAAUACUAAUACCAAUACUACUACUACUACUGGUCGCCAAUUAUUAUCGUUAAGCUCUUCCUUAUCGUCGUCUUCGUUGUCAUCGUCGGCGACCACUUCCGCCGCCGCCGCCAACUCUAUCAAUGACCACAAAAACAACAACAAUGUCGUCGUCAACGAUGACGACAAUACACAACCGCCGCCGCCGACUACGGCCAACGAUGAACACUCGACAACUAUGCCUAUAUGGCUACAGAUAUCCGUAUUGGUCCUAUUGUUGGCCAUGUCUGGACUGUUUUCSGGUCUCAAUCUCGGACUUAUGACACUGGACAAGAACGAGCUCAAGGUGAUUGAACGGUGCGGUACCGAACAGGAGAAGCAAUACGCCCGCCAGAACCCCGUCCGCAAACGUGGCAACUAUUUGCUGUGUACGCUAUUGUUGGGCAACGUACUGGUCAAUUCGGCGCUGACCAUAUUCCUGGACGAGCUAACCAGUGGCCUGAUAGCCGUUAUUGCCUCGACAAUGGCCAUCGUAACGUUCGGCGAAAUUAUACCCCAAGCCGUAUGCUCGCGACACGGUCUGGCUGUCGGUGCCCGUACCCUGUGGUUGACCUAUUUGUUUAUGGUCUUGACUUUUCCGCUGUCGUAUCCGAUAUCGAAAUUGUUGGACAAGAUUUUAGGCGAAGAGAUCGGCAACGUCUACGACAGGGAACGCCUAAUGGAAUACAUUCGGGUAACCAAAGAUCACAAUCGGUUAGACGCCGAUGAAGUCAACAUAAUAUCGGGUGCACUGAAACUGUCGAAAAUGACUGUCGUCGAAAUAAUGACACCCAUCAGGGAUGUAUUUAUGCUACCCUACAAUACCGUAUUGAACUACGAAACCCUGACCCAGAUAACCGAUAACGGCUAUUCGCGGAUACCCGUUUACGAGUCGGAUAAAAACAAUGUUGUGGGUAUAUUGCAUGCUAAAGAUCUGGCCCUAACCGAUCCGGACAACCAGAUGCCCAUCAAAUCCAUACUAGAGUUUUACAAACAUCCACUGUAUUUUGUUUACGAAGAUGUUACCCUGGAUAUUAUGCUCAAUGAGUUUAAACAGGGUAAAUCGCAUAUGGCUUUUGUCCGGCGUAUCAUUGACGACGGUAUCAACGAUCCGGUCUACGAGUUGGCCGGUGUUGUGACUCUGGAGGACGUUAUCGAAGAGCUAAUUCAGGCAGAGAUUAACGAUGAAACAGAUGUCGUCACCGAUAAUCGACGCAAAAUGAGGCGCAGGGAUGCCUCCGCUCGACCUAAUUAUUCCGAUUUUAUUAAACUGGGAAAUGAUGUUUCAUAAUAAUAAUAAUAAUUAAAAAAAUAGUAAUAUAUA